AUGGGAGGACUAAAAAUUUGUAAGAAAUUUCAAAGGACACUUGUACAUAUCAUAAAAAGAAAUUACAGUUCAACCAAUUUUAAGGUUCAAAGAGAAUAUAAAAAAAUAAAUACACUCAUGUGUUAUAUUCAAAGAUGUAUAGAUGAAGAACAUGAAAAGAAUAAAAAUUUACUUUGUUUUAAUAACGUGGGUUGUCAUCAGAAUAAUUACCAUAUGUUAUUCUACAUACAUAUGCUAAGAAUGUCUUACCUUUUAAAAAAUAUGACAGUAAAUGAAAAUAAAUGGUUACAUAUAUAUAAAAAAAUGACAACUCUCUAUUUUCUGGACGAACAAUAUUUUCAUAUAAAGAAAAAAGAAAAAAAUUAUAAUGAAAAAAAUAUUUUAAAUGACCAUAUAAAUGUUAUAGAUAACCAAAUAAAAAGCAAUAUUAUUGUUAAUAAUGAUAUAAUAAAUAUACCUCCUCAUAUAAUAGAAAGAAACAUAUGUGAUAAAUAUAAUCUCUUUACAUUAUAUUCAAAUUAUUUAUUUGUAUAUGAAACAAUAUUAAAUAAAAUAUAUAAUUAUUUAUCUAUAUAUAAUACAGAUGAUAUGUUAUUGUUGUUAAAUAUCUGUGAUCGUUUCUUUCAUAUCUUCUUCACUGUAUGUAAUAAUAAUAAGCACAAGCGUAUGAACAAAUUAAAUUAUAUAUAUAUAUAUUCAAAUGAAUAUAAUUAUAUUCACAACAACAACAAUAAUAAUGAUAAUAAUAAUAAUAAUAAUAAUAGUAAUAAUUUUAGUAACAAUUUUAAAAUAAGAAAAAAGGGGGAGAAGAAUAUAUAUAAACAUAGAAGUAAUCAUAAAGAUAUAUUUAUUCAUCAAUAUGAAGAUAUAUAUAAUUUAAAAUAUUAUCAAAUAUUUAUAAAUAUAAUAAAUUUAUUGACAAAUAUAUUAAAUACAAUAAAUUAUAAUAGUAUUAAUUCUGCUCAAUUAAUAGAACUUAUCAAUAUAUUUUAUAGAAUUACAAAAAAAGGAAUAAUAAAUGAAAAGCAUAUAAUUAAAUUAUUUCAAAAUAAUAUUCAUAUUUUUAAGGAUAUAAUAAAAUGUCCAUAUACAUAUAAUGAUAUAAUUUUUAAAACAAUAAAUAUAAUGUAUAAAUCUAAAAUUAUUAAUUCUAAUAUUAUCUUUCCAAUCGUUAUAGAACUAAAAAAUAGAAACAUAGAUAAAUAUCCCAUAAAUAUAAAUUUUUUUGAAAUAUAUUUAAAAUUAUUAACAUUAAUAAAUCUAGAACCACCAUAUAAUCUAUAUCUAUAUCAUUGUUGUAAAGAAUAUAUAUUAAAUAAUAUAUAUAAUAUACAACCAUCUAAAGUAUACAACUUUUUCUUUAUAUCAAGUAUAUUAGGAAUAUAUAAUCUUUCAAUUUUAAAUAUAUAUAUAGAUUAUAUUUUUAAAAGAAAAGAUUCACAUUUAAAUAUUUCUUCCACACACAAAAUUUAUUACACUUUAUUAGGAUGGAGCAUUAUAUAUAAUACAAUUCUUAAAAAUAAAUAUAAGCAUAAUAAACGUAACAUCAAAAUUAUAUUCAUAAAUUUUAACAACAAAAAUAUUCAUUAUAUUUAUGAUAAUAAAUGUAUACACAUUAAUAGUUAUUAUGAUAAUCUAUUUGGGAAGUUGAAAUAUUUAUUAUAUUUUUAUAAAAACAAAUUGAUAUGUGAAAAAAAAAAAAAAAUUAAAAAUAAUAAUAAAAAUAAAAAUAAAAAUAAUAUACAUAAGAAACAUAACAAUGAUAGUAAUUAUAAUAUACAUCAUAAUAAUAAUAAUGGUAUGUAUAUAUCUUUAAAUAAUAAUAUAUACACAGAAAAAGAAAAUUAUCAGUUCAAUCAAUUUUCUAUUUAUUCCAUUUUGAAACAAUAUUAUCCUAACACCAUCAAUGAAUAUACAACAAAUGAACUUAUAAGUUUAGAUAUUUUUUUAUAUAUACAUAAACAAAAUUCUUAUAAAAAUAUUGCUAUAGAAUUUAACGGUAGAACACACUAUAAUUUAUUAAUUAAUAAAAAAACUUCAUAUCCACAGACAUAUACAGAUACAUAUCAAAUGGUUGAAAAUUAUAAUACAAAAUAUAAAAAAUGGAUUCUAUCAAAUUAUUCAUUGAAUAUCAUAUAUAUUCCUUAUUAUAAGUGGAACAUGUUAACGCAUAAACAAAAAGAAAAAUAUCUUACGGAAGCUAUAAAUAUGUGUUCUGAUAUAAAGAGUAAUAUAAACACACAAUGA